CUAGAAAGCGGUGAGUGCAAAGCAAAGCAGCCCCCAGUACUGUGCCUGUCUGUGGUGUCGUGUCGGAAGAUUAAAGAGCAUAUUGCUCUCAAACGGUGGUUUUUUCUUCGGCCAGUCGGACUGGUCUCGCGGACCAAGCGAAAAUAAGAAACGAAAUCCGUGUCGCGAAUUUCCAUAUUCGAGUUUAAAAUUUGAUUGAUUAUUUUCGAAACUUCAAACAAAACAUUCAAGUUCAAGCGUAGAGCCAGUGGUGGUCGUGGUGUUUUGAAGUAGAAUCGAUUCCCUUUUUCGAAAGGGAUAAAAUUCCGAAAGUGGCGAAAAAGAGGAUCACCGUGUGAUAUAAGAGUGAUCCGAGUGGCGAGAAAAAUCGAGAAAAUACUGUGAUAUUUUGGUUUGUGGUAGCUUUUCUUCUUCCUGAUAUUCGCUGAAAUCCGCAAAAAAAACGAAACGAUUUUGCGUGUCAGUGGGCGUGAAUUCCAAUUUUUCGGUCGAUUGAAAAUAGAGUGGCCACUUUCGAAACCCAAAGUGCAAAGCAAGUGAAUUGUGAGCAAUGAGUCCGAAACCGCACGACUUUCUGGUAACAUUGCGCCGGAAUUCACCUCAGAUUCCAUGGGGCAUUCGGUUGGUUGGCGGAACCGACCUCAACGCACCUUUGAUCAUCACUCGGGUUCAAGUCAACAGUCCGGCACAGAAGGAACUGCUACGUGGUGAUAUCAUUACCAAAAUCGACCAGUACGAUGCCCGCGAUCUGACACACAGCGAUGCCCAGAACCUCUUCCGGAACGCUGGUGGGGAAAUCAAAAUGACCAUACGUCGUGACGAUCAGAUUGCCCUGCACCAGAGCGCUCACCAACCGAAUGGACUCAGUGUAUCACCGUUCAGUCCAGCUCUGAGUCCCAUUCCGCCCGCUCAAUCCGCUCAACCGUUCAAGCCACAAGUCGAACCGAAUCAGUUUCCUCAGCAAAAAUCACUACAUCAGAAUUUUCCACCACCGGAUCCGACUCAGCUCUUGCCAAGAAUCAAUUCACCACUUCCCCACGGACCGCAUGCCUAUGCAGCGGCCUUGGAACAUCCGACGGAAACUUUACCGCAAACGAUCUUUCCGAAUUUGGAUGCCAGUGGAGCCUACCAUCUGCCCAAAACUCCCUAUCCGCCAGUGGCUCCCAACUACGAGGACUCCAACGAAUCGAUAACCAAUCAGCCAUACCGCACGACUCCACUAGUCCUACCCGGGGCCAAGGUACCGAAAAAGGAUGCUCUACCAACAGAAUCCUACCUCAGACAUCAUCCAAACCCAGCAAUGCGUGCACCACCACUACAUGACUUCACUGACACACUGAUGAAACAGAAGGUUGCCGAAACAAUGAUUCAGCGAGUUAUCGGAGAAGAGCCACCCAGCGGUCCAAAGGUUGUACAUAAGCAAUUCAAUUCACCGAUCGGACUGUACUCGGAUAGCAACAUUGAGAACACCCUCAGACAGGCCACCCCACAACCGAACCAAGGCGCCGUACCAUCGAAUGGAUAUACAAACCGCCAUCUGCCCACCAAAAUCGAAGGCUACAAGAAAACCGUCGUUUUCGAUCCGAGCAAAAGCGAAACAUACCGUGCUCUGCAGGAGGGAGUUGGCGAAGGACUCCAGGAGGUCAACACACCGAUCCAACAGAGAACCUUCCAGCCGAACCGUUUAGUACCGGGAAAGAAACCAAACGCCAACCAUCCAGCUCCCCAACCAGAGUUCACCCAACACGUCAACUCGAUGGGCGAAUCGUACGAGAAGAUCCACCAGAGCGGAUCCUUCAGACGUCUGAUGCAUCACGUACUAUCGGAAGCUGAGUACUGAGAUGUCAACUUUUAGUUCUAGGUUAAGUGAGAAAGGCACAGUUUAUUAAUUUUCGAGCGAAACAAAAAAAGAAAAGAAAAAGAAAGCGCUUUUAUUGACCAAAACAACCAUUUGAAACUGGUGAACACAAUACAUAAAUAUUAUCAGCAACAUCUUAUGUUUUAGUAGAUUAUAUGAAAAUUUUACGAGGUCUCGUUUGAGAUGCAACUAUUUUUUGGAAUAUCAAUAAUUCAAUAAGUUUAAUUGUAAACAACGUUGUUGAAACACACAAGCAAAUAUGUCGAUCACUUUCAGCGAUUGCUGGUGAAUUUUAGUAGUUUUUCAAUUGUGCGAGCAAUUGCAAGCAAACUGGUUAGAUUUUUAAUUCAUCUAUUUUUGUCAUGUAACAUAACUAAACUAUACAUAUUUAUAAAUGUUGACAAUUUGUAUUUUAUUUUCCGUUAAGUUUACAAUUUUUUAACUGCUUUCCGGAUUUCUUCUGCCAUUUGUUUGUGCGGAUUGGAACAUAACAAACGACAAGCAAUUGGACUGAAGAAAGUCGCGGAAUAUGCAAUCGAGUGAAUGUUCUAGUCAAAACUUCGUUACACUUUGAAGGUCCGGGCUUCCAUUCGCUGAAAGCGAUACCCGUUGAAUAUGGAAGCAGGAAUAACUAUUUCGAUUGAGAAAAAAGUUAACGAAAUCAAAACCUAUUUAGUUAUUAGGACAAUUCAAUUUCCUAAGUCUCUAUUCUGUAUCGCUUAACUUAUUCAAACCAAUACUUUACACUUUGAUUCGGUAAGCAAGUGGUAAGAGAUUAUGAACUUGGCACACAAGCUGAGAUAAGUACGUGGCAUUAGCUUUAGUUCGGGAUUACUACUAGUAGGAAUGCUUUUCUGAAGGACAGAGUGAUCGAAUAAAGCAGGCACACAAAAGCACAGUUUAA